AAAGAUGGGUUGUGGGAAAUCCAAACAUGCUGUCGAAACUGCAACCACCGUUCUCAGAAAAUCAGAUGGUGGCAAAGAGACGCACAUCACCACCAAAACUGUCACAGAGAAAGGUGACGCCUCGUUGGUACAACAAGUUGAAACGAAAAGUUCUGUUGAUGAAGACACAAAAAAUGAAACCACGAUAACAAAAGUAGACACAAUCGGCGUUGCCAAUACCGACAAGGCGGCCCCUGUGUCGGGCGACAAUGUUGGGAAAGUCACAGAGGUUGUGAAAGAAGAUGAGAAGGUUAAAGAUACCAAUCCAACCCACGUCAACAAUGCCACAACCAAAAAUGUGGUCCCCACAUCGAGCAAAGACGAUGUGAGCGCUACAAAAGUUGUGAAAGGAGAAGAGAAAAAAGAAGCCAACCUAGUAACGGAUAAUGAGGCAAAACUUGACAAGGUGUCCCCCACACUGAGCAAAGAUGAUGUGGGUGUUACUGAAGUUGUGAAUGAAGAUAAUGAACAGAAAGAACCGAAACAGCAGAUAACGCAUGAUGAGAUCAAAAUUGACAGUGUGCCUCCCAUUGAAGCCGUAGAAACCAAGGAAUCCAGCCUAACAAAGGAAAACAACGUGAAAACAGAAUUUAUGACCCCCAGGACCGGUGAGGAUGUAGUGGAAGCAACAGAAGUUGUGAAGGGUGAUGCAGAGAUUAAGGAUACCAAGGAAGAAAUCAUAGAAAGUGUAAUCUCCAGUGAUAAGUCUGUGGAAACCGUUGAUGAUUCUUCAAAUUUCAAAGAUACAAGCCCCAAAGUCGAGGAACAAAUGGUGGUUGUGCCAGCCGUAGAAUCAGCAGAAGUAGAACCAACAGAAGAAGAGGACGUCAAGGUGACAAAAGUAGACCUUGCCAAUGUGGAAACCUCAAUAGCAACCGAACCAGAGAAGGUUUCGAGACUCAAUGAGGCAAGUGUUGCAGAAACAACAGAGAAAAAGCCAUAGAUGAUACCACAGAAGAGAUGAAAUCCCAGGCCCUACUUGGUAUGGUUGUGUGAUUCAACAUUGAUGCACCAUUGGAACCAUGCUAUAUUUAUUCGACUGUAUACUUAUUAUUCCAUUGAGAACAUACCUAAAGGAUUGCUAUGCAUCACACUUUGAAAUUUGAAGCAUCAUGUUCAUCCUUAUCAUUUUAUUACCUUAUGUGUUUCAAGUCAAGAACAAUGUUCCAUCCAAAAGU